AUGCGGCACACCCCCAAUGAAAUCUGGUCGGAAAUAUUAGAGAACCUCAACGACACAGCGCAGCAGGAUGUUUAUCUUCAUCAAGCAGUUCCGCUUUCUGUCACAGCAGACGCUUUGAAGAUAGCUGUACCUUCCGCGUAUACACGCGCGCGAAUUGAAGAGCGUUUUCGAACUGACAUCCAGCGAGUAUUAGCAACACUGAUCGGUGCACAAUGUGUACUCACUCUCACUAUAGACGAAUCUGUGGCUCGCGGCAGCAAGGAUUCUAAUGGAAUAGAAACAGAAGAUACUUCUGAUCAACUACUUGAUCAAAAUGAAGCAUCGGUUAGCAGUCCCUCCACCUCCCCACUCAAAAAUCAGACGGGGUUGAACCCGAGAUAUCGGUUUGAUACGUUUGUCGUUGAUACCCCAAACCGGAUCUGUCAUGCAACGGCUUUAGCCGUUUCAGAAAAUCCUGGGCGCGACUAUAAUCCACUCUUUAUUUAUGGCGGCGUGGGAUUAGGUAAAACUCACCUCUUGCACGCAAUUGGCAAUAGACUCUCAGCAAACCAACGUGCCAAGAAAGUUCUGUACGUUACAUCAGAAACUUUCAUGAAUGAAUACGUCGAGUCUAUCGUCAACCGCGGAUCAGCACAAGGAUUUCGUACAAAAUACCGAACACCGGACAUGCUUUUGAUUGAUGACAUACAGUUUUUGCAACGUAAGGAGGGUACACAGGAGGAAUUCUUUAACACCUUUAAUGAACUCCACAUGAACUCAAACCAAAUAGUCAUGACCAGCGAUCGGACACCGAACAACCUUGAAAACCUUGAAGUACGCCUCCGAUCCCGAUUCCAAUCCGGCAUGGUAGCCGAGAUUGGUAUGCCACAGUACGAGAUGCGUAUCGCUAUCCUCCGACAAAAGUGUCAAGAUCAAGGGUUCGACAACCUCCCUGAUGAUGUACUUAGUUACAUCGCUGAAGUCGUUGAACAAAUAUCCGAGAACUGGAAGGCACUCUUGUGCGGUUGGUUACGCAAGCCACAAUACUCAAGGAAAAUUUGA